GUGCGAGUAAGAUGUGUAGGUGCUGGUUAAUAUGUUAAUUAAUCGAUGUUCUAGCUUUCGAUUCAAGAUAAUGUCUCUUUAAGACUUGAAAUGAAAUGUGAUUCUCAUUGGAGAAGCGCCUUGCCCUGCAGUAACCCUGCCAUAACCGAGCAUCAGUUCUAACGGCGCAUCAAUUUCAGCGUUCAACAUACCCGCCGUGCACGAAAUGUCAGGCAUCGAAAUGUAAAUUGCAUCCGUGUCAUGCAUAAAUGUCUGUUAUUUUCCAAAAAUGGUUAUCGAAAAUACAUAUUUUUUUCCAGUGAUGACUAAACCUAGAUCUAACAGCCCUUAUAUUGCAAUAUAAUGCCGAAUAAAUCGGUUGAGCGAUAAUUUUCUUCUUAAUGAGAGACACAAGCGUGCUCGGGCUGCAAUGGAUCCCUUCAGCCAGCUCAUCCUCGCCAUAUCCACGACCAGCUUCUUCACCUUCCAGUGGCUCUUUCACAGUGUCAGCCCCCGGAUGUCCCCUCGCGUCACUGCUGGCUUCCUCAGGCUCACACCUAAACAAAAGAUUGAGUGGAACUCCAGGACUGUCUCUACAUUCCAUGCCCUUGUGGUGGGACUCUUCUGCCUCUAUAUCCUGCUCUUUGACGACGCCGUCAACCAGGAUCCAGUCUGGGGAGAUCCUACACUGGUGAAAAUUAACGUGGCGAUUACAGCAGGCUACCUCGUUUCUGAUCUUCUGCUCAUAUUUUACUACUGGAAGGCUAUAGGAGACAAGCUCUUUGUAAUCCAUCAUUUGGCGGCAUUGUACGCUUACUACUAUGUACUGGGUCAAGGAAUGUUGCCUUAUUUCGCUAACUUCCGUCUGAUUGCAGAGUUCUCCACUCCCUGUGUCAAUCAGCGCUGGUUCUUUGAAGUGUUAGGUUACCGCAAAUCCUCCAAGCCCAACAUGGCGAACGGGGUGAUGAUGGCGGUGGUGUUCUUCCUGGUGAGGAUCGCCGUCAUGCCGGUCUACUACAGCCGCAUGUACUCUGUCUACGGCACUGACGCCUUCAACAGGGUCCCCCUGGGUGGCCGCAGCGCCUGGAUCUGCUCCAGCAUAUGCCUGGAUGUCAUGAACCUCAUGUGGAUGCACAAGAUUGCCCGGGGAUGUUACAAAGUGCUGCGCUCCAGCAGACCAGGCAAGAGUGGAACACAGGAAAAUGGCAAGACAGAGUAAAGAGGUCAAAGACACAUGUACAGUCAAGCACUCGUGAAACAACAUUAUUCCUUUACAUUUUCCCUAAGGCUGUUUAUUUUAUUUCUGAGCGAGCUAAACACUUUGAUCCGCUGACAUUGAAAAAUAACCGCGUUGUUCGGCUGUGACACGUGGGUUUUGCCUGCGUUGAGUGCUCAACACAAGUUAUGGGCUGUACAGUCAUCAGAAAUGUUACUCGCGCUGGACCCCUUUGUUCCAAUCAUGUCUGGAAUAAGAAACGUACAAGAGCUGAUUUUUAGAUAAAACGUAAAGUCUGACAGCUGUAUGUCAUGAAAAUGUCAUUCUUUUUAGCAGGGGAAUGGCGUCCAGAUGGCCGCCAGGAAACGUUCUAGGCUAUUUUGGGGCGCAAGCAGCACUCCUGCCUUUCUUGAAUUAUUUAUCAUUUAAAAAGCAGUUUUCCUCCAUUUCCGUUGAUUGCUGCACCUAAGCACACAGUGCUAGUAAAGUGAACUGCUGAUAGAAAUGCAAUAAUACCAAGAUACAGGAAAACGAAAGGAAACCUUGCAGAUCCACGGGAUCCAUUCUCAGUAGCUCACUCUCCAUGAGUCACUGUGAUUAUGUGCCAGAACUCAUGUCUGACAAUGUCGAAAUGUUUUACUCAGAGAGAAUGAACCGACAUAUUUUUUUUUUUACAAGAACGAGGAACAAAGUGCACUUAUACUAUUUGUCUGUCGCACCGCAGGACAGCUGUUGCGAUUCAAAUAUCAUCAUUAAUAAGAUGACUGAAUACGGAAUUUCUACAUGCCAGCUGGGUUUUUUUUUCAGUUCAAUAUUUUAUGUCAAUAGAAAUGUUCUCAAUUUAAAGGUAUAAAAUACAUUUAAGGUCAGUGAAUAAAAAGGAGGACAUUAAAUUUAAGGAAGGAAACAACUGAACCAAUCUGAUAGACACUGUAGGCUACUGGGGGAUAUUUCUGUUCAAAAGUGCAUGGACUGCAAUGUCAGUCACAGAAUAUUUUCAUUAUUUUAAUAAUUGUAAUGGAGCAUUUGACUGAUGCCUAAUCCAGUUCUAUUGUACCAAUAUUUGUGUAAUUUGAGUUUAAAUUAUGAUUUUUUUUUUCAAAUUAAGAUUUAAGUAACUUGCAUAAAUUAUUGCAGGUGAAUAAGGCUAAAUGAUUCUUUUGUAAUUAAUUCUUAUGUCACUGAAUUAAUGGAGCAGAGAAGCUGUGUUUGGUUGUUGUGCAUUUCUUGUCUUAAUGGACAUACAUUAGUUUCACGUUUUAUUGUCAUGUGUUCCCAGGAACACAGUGAAAUUCUUAAGCUGUAGUUACAGGGAAGGAUAUCAGGGAAAGGAUGAACAUUAGUGCAAUAAGAUAUUCUUACUGAUGUGGGGCUCAAACCCACGACCUUGAGAUUAAAAGCCACACGUGCUACUUACUGAGGUAGCCUGGCUGUUACCUGAAGUUUUAGUUAUAUUGGUAGUUCUUGGCCCAAAGAGUGUAAUUGGUCUAUAUAAGAUCAUUUUAAAGAGUACAGAGAGUAUGCAUACUUAGUCAGGGGCUAAUUGCAGAUCUCAGUGUCCUCUAGCACUAUUCCAGAAGCCUUUGAGGUGAAAAGAAAUAGCAUGACGAUGUCUACGCUAUGAGUAUGAAACCAGAUUAAAUUAAAAUGACCACUUUUUUGUCUGAAACUCUUCAGCACACUGGCUUGGUUAAGAAGUUCCUGUCAAUUAAACAAUGCUUUACAUAGGUAAAUCAUUUCUGAUUGCUGUUGAACAAUAACCUGCAAUGUCCGCCCCCCCCCACUGAAAAGUUGUAUUUUGUAAGAGUUAUACAAUGUAGAACUUAUUUAUUUUUUGUUAUUUCAUUUUCUACACAUUUCUUAUAUCAUUUGAUACUAUGGACACUGGACUAUCACUGCCAUUUACUGUGCUGUGCCGGGACCUCUUUAGACUGAGGCUCUGUUAUCUCUUUCUGUUUUUUGCAGAGCUUUGAAUUAUAUACGAAUGUUGUUUGGAUUCCCCACACUCUAAGGACAUGUUUGAUAUUCCACGUUUUAAAAACGAUGAAUACAAUUUAAUUUCAAUAAGGUUAAUAGUCAUAGGUGUAUGUAUUAUGCGUUAUACUUAAUCACCUCUUGAAAGCACAUCCACUGAUAUGCAGUGCCCAAGCCCAAACUUCAAUGUGCUUUAAAUAUGUAUCCACCAUUGACGCUGGAGUUAAGAAGCCUGGUGUGUGAUGGUCUUACUGUAGAAUUGACUGCUGUGAUUGAUGUACGUGAUGCUUAAAAAGAAUUGUUCGUCACAUAGAUUGUCAUAAAUAAAUCAGUGAUAACUAGCACCCUACAUUAGGGCUUUCUGUUAAGAAAACAGAAUAUUAUACAUUCUUAAAAAUUAUAUAUAUAUAUAUAAUAUAAUAUGAUUUACAGCUGAUAUGUUCUAUAAAUAAGUUUAUUUAUAUGAUAAAUAACUGGUGUUAUGUCUGCUCCUGUUGCAAAAUCCUUGCCAUGCACUUUGGGUCAACUAUGAACUGAAAGAUGAGAUGCAUGCCACUUCUGUCAAUGAAGUCUUUCUGAUAUAAGCACAUUGCCAUUUGUUAUGUUCUAAUUAAACCUGUUGAAAUUUUAAAUGAAUGUUGUUUCAUUUGCUUUGUCCAGGAUGGGUAAUUACAGUGUAGAACAGACAAUUCGAGACUCACUCAAUGAAUGUAUAUGUGCAAUUUGUAUGUCCUCUUUAUCUUUUCUGCUUUAAAGUAUGGGUUCAGUUACCUUUAUAUAGAGAUCAAGUGAAUGAAUCUGUUUUUUAUCACACUUGAUAAUUGCAAGGUUAUUGGCUAUUUAGUGAUUGAUAUUAAAAUCAAAAAUUUCAUCCAGUAUUUCAGGAAUCAGUCUACUAAUCUGAUAAUGCAGCGUAUGAAGUACCGGAAAAUAUUUUGCUAAAUAUAUUAUGCCUGCAAUUGUUUGAAUGAUGGUCAAACGGUCUCUGUUUACAGUUAUUCUGAAUAUGCAGUGAUUAAUAUAUAAACCUGAAGGUGGUUAAUUACAGUGUAAUUAUGUGUUCACAUAUUUUGUUUAUUAAGCUAUUA